AUGUCUUUAAACGUUGCUCGGUUCAACAAGGAUAAUUUACUGGACGAUUCAGAUGAUGAGUUUGGAGAGAUUUUGCUAUAUUUUGCUUGCGAGGCAUAUAAUCAAUUAUAUCUAUCUAAGCAACCUUGUAGAAAUUCAACUCUUUCAGGCCAUGAAUAUGUUAUGGAAGUGUUGCACGGGCAUUGGAGUAGGUUUUAUGAUUUGUUCAGAAUGAACAAAGAUGUCUUCAAACUAUUUUGUGGUGUUCUAAAAGAAAAAAAACUAUUGAAGAACUCACGAUAUCUGUCUGUUGAAGAACAAGUGGCUAUGUUCUUAUUUGUGAUUGGCCAUAAUGAACAACAUCGUGUGGUUGUUGAACGAUUUCAGCACUCCAUCUCAAUCACAUCUCAUUAUUUUAGAAAGGUUUUGAAGGCAAUAUGUCGUCUAUCCAAAGAACUAAUUACUCCACCUUCAUUUAAUGAAACUCCUCCACAAAUUCAAUUCGAUCCAAGAUACUAUCCAUUUUUUAAGAAUUGUGUUGGAGCUAUAGAUGGGACUCAUAUUUCUGCGCAUGUUCCAAUUGAUGAACAAAUACCUUAUCGAGGUCAAAAAGUGGAUACAACUCAGAACGUUAUCUGUGUAUGUUCAUUUGACAUGAAGUUCACAUACGUUGUCUCUGGAUGGGAAGGAUCAGCUAAUGAUGCACAGGUUCUUCUAGAAUGUUCCACAAACCCAGAUUAUGGAUUUCCAAUGCCGCUCCAAGGAGAAAGGUAUCAUUUAGGCCAGUACACAGAUCUUAAUCCCAUAGGAAAAAAAGAGCUUUUCAAUUAUCGACACUCUUCCUUGAGAAAUGUCAUUGAGCGGUUGAAGGCCCGUUUUCCAAUCCUAAAGCAAAUGCCUUCAUAUGAUCUAAGAAUACAAAAGUACAUUGUCAUUGCUUGCUGUGUGAUUCAUAAUUUUAUAAGGAGAAAUGAAGAAGUAGAUGUAUAUUUUGAUGGAGGUGAAGUAAAUUCUGAAGUACAGACCACUACUUUACAAAGCACGGAUGGAACUUUGACUGAUAGUGUAGAGUUCAGUAUUUCUAGAACUCAUAUACGUGAAAUGGCUCAUGUUCGUGAUGAAAUUGCUGACCAUAUAUGGAGAGCUAGUCGACGAUAG